CCGCGGGAUUCUGAACCAUGAGUGCAGGCGAAACCUUCAGGACCAGCGAGGCUUUCUAGGCUCAGCCCGACCCUGGACCUCUCCAGUGAAAUGUCCUGCACCAUGAACAUCAACAAGCUGGAAGAAAAUAGUCCUGAAGGAGAUACAGGGAAAUUCGAGUGGAAACCCAAGGUCAAAGAUGAAUUCAAAGACAUUUCCAUAUACUUCUCCAAAGAAGAAUGGGCGGAGAUGGGAGAGUGGGAGAAAAUUCGCUAUAGAAAUGUGAAAAGGAACUAUAAAAUGCUGAUUUCAAUAGGUCUCAGAGCCCCUAGACCAGCUUUCAUGUGUUACCAAAGGCAAACAAUGAAGCCUCAGAUAAAUGACAGUGAGGAUUCUGAUGAAGAGUGGACACCUAAGCAGCAAGUCAGUCCUCCUUGGGUGCCUUUCCGGGUGAAGCACAGUAAACAGCAGAAGGAAUCAUCUAGAAUGCCAUUUAGUGGUGAAUCUAAUGUGAAGGAAGGGUCUGGAAUAGAAAAUUUGCUGAAUACAAGUGGCUCAGAACACGCCCAGAAACCAGUGUCCUCCCUUGAAGAAGGAAAUACCUCCGGACAGCACUCUGGGAAAAAACUGAAAUUUAGGAAAAAGAACGUUGAAGUGAAAAUGUACAGGCUUCGAGAGAGAAAGGGCCUUGCAUAUGAGGAGGUCAGCGAGCCUCAGGAUGAUGACUAUCUCUAUUGUGAGAAGUGCCAGAAUUUCUUCAUCGACAGUUGUCCCAACCAUGGGCCUCCUUUAUUUGUAAAAGACAGUAUGGUGGACAGGGGGCAUCCCAACCACUCAGUCCUCAGUCUGCCCCCUGGGCUAAGAAUUAGUCCAUCGGGCAUCCCUGAAGCUGGACUUGGAGUCUGGAAUGAAGCAUCUGAUCUACCAGUCGGUCUGCACUUUGGCCCCUAUGAGGGUCAGAUCACAGAGGAUGAAGAGGCAGCCAACAGUGGUUACUCCUGGCUGAUUACCAAGGGAAGAAACUGCUAUGAGUAUGUGGAUGGACAGGAUGAGUCCCAAGCCAACUGGAUGAGGUAUGUGAACUGUGCCCGGGAUGAUGAAGAGCAGAACCUGGUAGCCUUUCAAUAUCACAGGAAGAUCUUCUAUCGAACCUGCCGGGUUAUCAGACCAGGUUGUGAGCUUCUGGUCUGGUAUGGGGAUGAGUACGGCCAGGAACUGGGCAUUAAGUGGGGAAGCAAGAUGAAGAAAGGAUUCACAGCAGGAAGAGGACAGAAAUUCAUCCUUGUCUUUUGUGCUCUUUGGCCUUCUCAAGUCAGAAAUUCCUCACUCAACAUGUGGAAUGGAAUCAUCGCACUGAAAUCUUCCCAGGAACGUCUGCAAGAAUAA